CACAGCGGAAGACGUGGCGAUGGACCAUGAGGAGGACAGCGUCGAGAUGAUGGUGCAGGAUCCCGUGGAUAUUACCGAAGGAGUAAAACGACAGGUCCCAGAGAAGGAGGAGACGCCAGAGAGCAAGAAGGCGCGCGUAGUCGGCGGACUGGCCGUCAACGCCAUGUCAAUGGAGCUGCGCGCGGUGGACCUCGGCGAGUACGCCGCGGAGCCGUGCGAGGAGAAGUGCCUUUCCAACGCCAAGGGGGCGCUCUCUGGACAGCUGCUUCCAGCGGAGAAGGACGGGAAGGUGGGCGCCGACGCUGCGCGGUGCAGUUUCGUGGCCAUGCAGGUUGCCUACCAGGCGCGCGAUGACGCAUUCGCUGGGGCGCCCCCGCUGAAGUUCGUCAGGCUGGCACUGGUGCUGGCAGCGACGUUCAGGAACCGCAGGAAAGUCUACCUGGUAGGGCUCUGGGGCAUCAGCAACGCGUCCUGCCGCGCUGAGAUGGGCGAGGACGUGUGCGCGGUGCCGCCCUCAGGUGGGGAGGAGCCACAUGUAGCGCGGCAUUUGCGGAAGGCGCUGUGCGGGACCAGGGGAACGAGCAAGCUGCUCCAGCACGCGAUCCGUAUGUUGGUGACGGUGGUGUACUACCGCGUCCAGAAAGGCAUCUACAUCGCGGUGCACGGAGACGACUUCAUGGCCGUGGAGGCGCUUGAGGACCUGAGGUGGCUUAACGAGAUCCCGGAGGCGAAGUUCGAGGUGAAGCGGUCGCCGUUCGUGGGGCCCGCAGAAGCUGGAGGUGAAGCGACGUCUGGCCAUUUCCUGAAUAGGACGGCUAGCUGGACAGAGAAGGGUUUCCACUGGGAGAGCGACGCGAAGCACGCGAGGACAGCGGUCGAGGCCUACGGGAAGUUGCCAGCGGCGAGGGAGAUCCCGCCGGCUUCCAGGGGCAUCGGGAAGGAGGUGCCAACGGCGUUGGACAAGCUGGGAUUCGCGGAGAAGCUGUUCCAGUCGGCGGCGCCGACGGCACUGUACAUGGCAGCGGACAGGCCUGACAUACAGUUCGCGACGAGCUGGAUUAUGCGCGGGAUGCAGGAGCAGCUGGUGCUCCACGAGCUGAGCCGCGGUGGAGGAUUCGAGUACAUAUGGAGUGCGUGCAUUGGCAGCUGGGCUGGUCAGCAGGCGACACUUGCGCGGAGCAGUGGAGAAGCUGAGCAUGUGGAUAUGACCAGCGGCGCUGCGCGGGGGGUCUUCACGAAGAAUAUGUUUGAGAAGAUGGGCAACAGGAUGUCGGUGAAGGCGUGCGGUGGCAGCACCGCCGCAAUCGGGAUAUGCUCGAGGCUGGGUGUCGGACGCAUCAGACACCUGGAUGCGAAGUACCUGUGGUUGCAGGAGAAAGUUGCCGAGGGAUGGGUGCGCACCGCGAAGGUGCCGACGACAGAGAACGCAGCGGAUCUUAUGGCCAAG